CGUUGAGCGUCCGUUUACAGUGCACAGUUCGAUUUGUUUUGGUUUAUGCAGACUGCGCUUUGUCACGGGGAGCCAAGGUCCACCGCGGUACUUAAACCUGGUCGUUACAAAGCUUUGACUCGCUGCCAAACCCCCGAACAACUCCUCCUCCAAGUUCUGCGUUUCGCCUCCCCCUUUUAGGGCCGCCGCCUGCCUCGUAGCUCUGUUAUCGGACCCCAGAAGCUGGCCUGCUAGUUAGCAAACAAGCUAACGAUUGCCAGGUUUCACCCAUGUCCUCUGAAGAAGCGUUGAGCUCAACGAUCACGGAUUGGCUUUUCAUCAAUUCCUGGUGGCUCCUUCUGCCAUUUAUCAUGCUUCUUGUAGUUGCAGCCUUCAUCGUUGCCUUUGUGUUGCUGUUAUACAUGAUAUCGCCUCUUAUUAGUCCCAAACCCCUGAAAUUGAACGGGGCCCACGUCGUGGUGACAGGAGGCUCAAGCGGGAUUGGGAAAUGCAUUGCAAUUGAGUGCUACAGGCAAGGAGCAUUCAUCACUCUGGUGGCGCGGGAUGAGGCUAAAUUGCUUCAAGCGAAGAAGGAGGUAGAGAAAUUUGCCAUCAAUGACAAACAGGUGGUGCUCUGCAUAUCUGUGGAUGUUUCCAGUGAUUACAGCCAGGUGGAAAGUGUGAUAAAACAGGCUCAAGAGAAAUUGGGGCCUGUUGACAUGUUAGUGAACUGUGCUGGAUCAUCCGUUUCUGGAAAGUUCGAGGAUGUGGAAGUGGACCGUUUUAAAAAACUGAUGGAAGUGAACUACCUGGGCAGCGUUUACCCGACACGGGCUGUCAUAACCACCAUGAAGGAGCGAAGAAUGGGCCGAAUCAUGUUCGUGUCCUCACAGGCAGGCCAGAUCGGACUGUUUGGGUACACUGCCUACUCCCCGUCCAAGUUUGCCCUGCGUGGCUUAGCAGAGUCUCUACAGAUGGAGAUAAAGCCAUACAAUAUCUAUGUGACUGUGGCCUACCCCCCUGACACUGACACUCCAGGACUGGCUGAGGAAAACAAGACAAAGCCUCUAGAGACCAAAUUAAUCUCUGAAACCUCCGGAGUUUGCCAACCAGAACAGGUGGCCAAAAUCAUUGUUCGGGAUGCAGUGCAAGGAAACUUCAACAGCUCUGUUGGACCUGACGGGUACAUGCUCUCAGCUCUCACCUGUGGAAUGUCACCUGUGACCUCCAUCACAGAAGGCCUUCAGCAGAUUGUUACCAUGGGAUUAUUUCGGACCAUCGCCCUCUUCUACCUGGGGAGUUUUGACAGCAUUGUGCGCCGCUGCAUGAUUCAGAGGGAGCAGUCGAAAGCAGCCGAUAAGAGGGAGUAACAGCAGCCUUACCUUUGUCACAGCCCGAUGCCCAUUCUCAUCCUCCCCAACACACCCCCAUCCCCUCCCCUCCCUUCCCUUCGUCCAGCUGUACAAGUGCACAACCAUAGGUGGGGAAAAGGCCAAGCUUUGAGCGCAUUUCUGAUAUCAACAGAUGGGAUGAAAGGAAGCGGCAGAUGUUUACUCUUCGCUUAUCCAGUUAUGUAACUCCUCCAUAGAUUUCACAGUCAUGUUGAUUUUUCUAUCCCCUCAGAGCACUCCAGUGACUUUUCAGUUUCAUGUGUCCACCUGCUUCUUUUUUGGGGAGCAGCCUUACUUCAAGGGAAUGAGGGCAGACUAAACAUCCCACAGCCUGGCUUUAAAGUAGGUAGGCUAUGUGAACCACAGACUAGAUAUCAGUUCUCCUUACCUCUGCUUGCACAGAGCUGUUUUUUUCCCCACACAAACAGGAAAAGUGACGGAUAGCUUGUCUGACCGGUUGUGCCAAAUAUGGCUUUGAUAUUCCCUCCCACCAGGGGCUAUAGUGAAAACCAGAAUGGUAACUCUCAGCAGUCAUUUUGUUUCAAAAGUAGGUCCACCUUGUAGGAAUUUCACUGUUUUCAUCCAAUAAGAUCCUUCCUUCUCCUCCUUUUCAUACCACAAGUCUUUGCAGGCAAAGCACCUUCCCUUUUGACUGAAUAACCUCUGUGUUUGUGACCCUCAGUGUAUUGUUUGUUUUGUUUUGUGCUCUGUGUGAACAAAGUGUGGAUGUGAGACAAGAGUAUCAGUGAUAUCAGAGAGAGAGAGAGGGAGCAUGUGUGAUGUUGUUUUUUAAAAUUUACUAAUGCAAAAACAUAAUUUCCAGAAAAUAAUAAUAUUGAGACAUUAUUGACAGUGUUUGGGGAAAUAUUUUCGGGUGAACGGUGUGCCUGGAUGAUGUGUGUAUUUUGUGUUUGCUGUGACUGAGCCAAACCCCUGGGGAGAGAAAAGCCAUUAGAUUUUAGCGUCUCGGGAAUAAACACACCAAAUUAUUUCUCAGCAUCCCUUUUUUUUCAUUGAGAAAGGAACGCAGGUACUAUGGGUUUAAGCCAUUAAAUCAAAAGAUGGAGGGAGGGGGGGGAAGAGCAGCACAGGUAGUUUCACUUUUCACCUGUGAAUAUGACCAAGAUCAAUACACUUUUUUUUUUCAUUAAAUGUGUGAAAGGAAGCGUAUCGCUUAUACAUGCAGUUUUAUGUGUCGGUGCACAUAUUCAGCCACCCCAGCCAGUUGAGAUCCAAGUGGGAUCCAUCAUUUGUUGGGGCGGUUUAAGUCAGGGCAGGGCAAGACUCGCUGGUUCGAGUCAUGUCCCUGUAGGUCUAGUGAGGGCGCUAGAGAUUUGUUUUACAUAAAGGCCAAAAUAAUAGAGGGACUAGAGUGGUAGUGUGAUCUUUGUCCCUCUGAUUUUGACCUGCUGUCACCCUGUCGUGCACAGUUGGGACACUGCAGUUCCCUAAAUGACAAUAUCGAUUCCCUCCUUGUAUUUACCACGUGUUUUCCACAUGUUUCGCUUAUAGGAGGAAAAAAGUACAGUGUCGACUCUUGCAAGUCUUCCUUUGGUCCAUCACAAACGGGGAGAAUGUACUUCAAUACAAAGCGUACAAAUCAGAGCAUAUUUUUUUUUAAAUACACCAAUAUUUGAAUGCCAAAAUGUGUUAAGACAAUUUCUGUAGAUGCAAUGCAUUUAUUUGAGAUUUUUUUCGAUGUUGCUGCUCCGUUGAUCUUAGUUAGUUAAAUCUGUGGAGCAGUGUGGGGACCCAUUCUAAGCCUUAAGACAUGACUACUGAUGAAGCUAAUGCUAAAAGAAUGGACCUGUCCACAGAGAAAUGUGGCUUAUACCCACGUGUGGUUUACCAGUUAAUUUAGUGCUUAAUCUUUAAUAAUUUUCAGUGUAAAAUGCCAACUGUUUUAUUUGUGUAUUUUGUCGAUUUCCAGUCUUUGUAUGAAAAAACCAGCCUUAAAGAAAUCCAAGUUAUGAAAGUGAGAAUGGAUGACUCACGUUUGAUGAUGUUCUCAUUUGAAAUUGGUUAAAGGCAUACUGUCCUGCACUCAAGAGCUUUUCAUUAUUGUACAUUUAUUGCUUUCAAAGUUCUCUUUUACCUUGAGGUAGCAACACAUGGUUGAUAGAACAUGUAGCCCAUAUAAAAGCAGUUUUGUUUUACCCUUUUAAGCUAUGCAAAUUAAGCCUAUGCUUACAAUAUGUUUGAACAUACAGUCGAGAUUUAAAUUCUGUAACGGCCAGGCUAGUUUCCCCUUAUUUAAUGGUGUCAUCAUCGGAUAAUUAAUCUGCGUUUUUAGGUAUUGAACAUGAAAGUCAUAAUUCACUCUUUUGUUUCAUUCUUGUUUCUUGCUUUAGACUUUUUUUCUGCCAAAAAACUUAACACCUUCACCUUGUGUGCCAUUGAAAGAAAAUGUGAGAAGUGGAACGUUUCUUUGUCUUAUUUUCUUACAUAAUAAACUCAAUAAAUACCU